AUGAGAAGUGCUUAUGGAAGUAUCGUGCUUGCUGGGCGACUGGAUCGAAGACCAGAGUGGAGCAAGGUCAUGGUUCAUGGCGGCACUGCGAGUGUGGGCGUGUGGGCGAUCAUGCUUGCUAAGGACCGUGGUGUGAAGGUCAUCGUCACAACGAGAAACAAGGACAAGGCAGAUCGUGUCUUGCUCGAUGGAGAGCUGGAGACGGAGGUCCCGAAGCUGUUUCCCAAGGGCAUCGAUAUUAUCUUGGAGCUCGUGGGUCCAGGUCAAACCCCACGUAGCCUUAGUUUGGCAGCAAGGUUUGGGACUGUAGUUCUUGGGGGAGUGCUGAUUCUGGGCUGGAAAGCACCGGGAAUCAGUCCAUUCAUGAUCCCACCAACAAGAAAUAUGAACUUCUGUACCAUGACGAAUGACGGGAUUGGAAGCGAGGAUGAUGGGCUGGAAGAUAUGGAAGGAUUACCCGCACAAGUACUAGAAAAGGUUGAGAAGGACAUCUAUCCUGCACAAAGCUUUCCGGAUAAGAUCUUCAAGCUGGAGGAGAUAGGCGAUGCACACACGUGCAUGGAGGAUAACAAGGCAUGCGGCGGUGUCGUCGUGAUCGUGACUUAA